AUGCCCAACCGCAGCCUCGACAUCCAUCUCCAUGGCAAGCAGGGCACCUUCCUCACAUGGCCGAUGAGGAUGAGGAUAGUGAUGGAGCUCGGGUCCGUGCUGCUCUACCUCCACGAGGAGUGGGAGCAGUGCGUGCUGCACCGGAACAUCAAGCCCAGCAACAUGAUGCUAGACGAGUCAUUUGGAGCUAAGCUGGGCGACUUCGGGCUCGCAAGGCUUGUCGACCAUGCCACCGGGACGCAGACUAUGACCGCAGUCUCAGGGACUCCGGGCUACUUGGACCCCCAGUGUGUCGUCACCGGCAGGGCCAGCGCUGAGUCAGACGUGUACAGCUUCGGCGUGGUUCUGCUGGAGGUGGUGUGCGGCAGGAAGCCGAUGAGCUUCACUGCGACCGAUCAGGACCAGCAACAAAAGAACGGUGGCGUGUUCCGGCUGGUUGAGUGGGUUUGGGGGCUGUACGGCCGGGGAUCUAUUCUUGAGUCCGCCGACAAGCUGCUGAAUGGUGACUUAGACGCAGCACAGGUGGAGAGGGUGCUGGUCGUCGGGCUGUGGUGUGCACACCCGGACCCGAGCGCGCGGCCAACCAUCAGAGAAGCCAUGGCCAAGCUCCACUCCAAGGUCGACAAGCUGCCAGUGCUCCCCUCCAAGAUGCCGGUGCCGACAUAUGCUCAGCCACCGUCCGCCUUGGACGUGGAUGAUGGGCUGUCAACGUUGCUGCCAUCGUCCACCAGCACCAGCGUCCCACCGCACACCACUUGUACAACAACCAGUUCUUCAGACGGACAUGGUAGCACCUCGACGACCAGUUAA